AUGUAUAUUUCUUGUUUUGUCCUCUCCAUUUGUCCCAAAGACAUGCGCGCGGACAUCUGCGUCCACCUGAACAGACAGGUGUUCAACGACCACCCGGCCUUCCGUCUGGCCAGCGACGGCUGUCUGCGCUCGCUCGCCGUGGAGUUCCAGACCACUCACUGUGCACCCGGUGACCUCAUCUUCCACAUCGGCGAGAGCGUCGACACCCUCUGCUUUGUCGUGUCGGGUUCACUGGAGGUUAUCCAGGACGACGAGGUCAUCGCAAUAUUAGGUAAAGGCGACGUGUUUGGAGACGCAUUCUGGAAAGAGAGCACACAGGCGCGCGCGUGCGCAAACGUUCGAGCACUGACCUACUGCGACCUGCACGUCAUCAGGAGAGAAGCUCUGAUGAGGGUGUUGGAGUUUUACACGGCAUUCGCCAACUCCUUCUCCCGCAACCUCAUACUCACCUGUAAUCUGCGAAAACGGAUAAUCUUCAGAAAGAUUGCCGACGUGAAGAGGGAGCAGGAGCGCCAGAGGAGCGAGGUGACCCUCUACAUCCCUGACGACCACCCGGUGAGGAAGCUCUUCCACAGGUUCAGGCAGCAGAGAGACGCUCAGACACCAGCCGAGGAUCAUAACUGUGUGCAGGUGGAGCCGCAGCGCCACCACCACCACGCUGACUCAAACUCUUACACACAGUGUCAGACUGUGUCCUCUCAGGUUCAGGAGUUCAGCGCCGGUGCAGCAGGAGGAGGAGGAGGAGGAGGAGAAAAAUCAGAGCAGAGCUGCACACAAGAGGCAGAGGAGUCUUUAUCGAGGCCUCACGCAGCAGAUCCACUAUGUGAGAUUGUUGACAGCCCUGCAGAGGGCAGCGCUGCAGGUGGAGAGGUAGGUGUUGCCAGUCAUGGCACCACCAGCAGCAGCAGCAGUAGAGGUUCUAGAGGCUGGGCCAAGUUUAGAAACACCGCUUCUGCUGCUCCUGCACCUCCUGCUGUCCGCCAAGAACAGCAGACUCAGAAACCAGAGGAGUGGCCCAAAGGUUCUCAGUCUUCAGAGCAGUUAGGAGCUGCCAACAACUCAGAGGAAGGCGGAGAGAUGGAGAAAACUGGAGGAGGCAACGGCGCAGGAGACCCAGGCGAAGAAACGAGUGCCUUGCACAAAACGGACUCCUGUGACAGCGGGAUCACAAAAAGCGAUCUGCGGCUUGACCGAGCCGGAGCCUCGAGGAACUCCUUUGAGAGGAGCCCGAUGGAGAGGCAUGUGUUCGAGCACAGCGACAGCGAGCUCUCUCUGAAGCAGGCUUUUCUCCAGCCGGUGUCUGAACAGGCGCUGCUGCAGGCGACGCUGCACGAAGCCAAGCAGGAGCUGAAAGGAGACAUUCAGAUAGUGAGCAGCCGGCUGUCGGUGCUCGAGUCUCAGGUGAGCGAGAUCCUCAGGUUGCUGUCGAUUAAAAGGAGACUCUCACUGCCGCCGACGUCGUCUCCAAAGCCGAGGUUCAAAGGACACGACUCAGUCGCGGCCUCCAGGUGUGUCACACUGAAAACAGAUGACGGGCCCUUUUGACUAGUUACAAAUGUGUACACUGGAUAUCCUUGUAUGAAACUGAUGCAUGUCCUGCUGGACUCUGGCCUGCCAAAGAAACUUGCAUUAAGCACAUGCUGCAUGCAGAAAUCCCUUUCAUGUCACCUUAGCACUGCAAUAACCCAGGGAUUUUUCUAACUCUUUGACUUCUCAGACACUUUUAUGGUCAUUUGUACGCAACAUUUCAUUAAAAGCAACACGAAGUCUGGGCAACAUUUCCGGUCUGGACAUUCUCGGGAGUUUGCCGUUUCCCUGGAGGAUCCAGGUGAAGAGGUGACACCUGGCUGCAGGAACCAGGACACUCUCAAAGUCACACACUGGCUGUGGAUUAUCCAGACAAUUUGCAGAGAGACUUAUGUGGACAUUAAAGCACUCCGCACACUACGGUUUUGUCUUUCACUCAGUGCAUCGAUUUGCAGCUCACACAUCUAUUUUGGUAGACAUGCUCCCUGGUGGUCUAGUGGUUAGUAUUCGGCCCUCUCACCGCCGCGGCCCGGCUUCGAUUCCCAGUCAGGGAACUUACUUCGCUUAGCCCAUGGCUAAGUGGAAAGGGAACUUGGCUUGUAACCAAAGGGUUGCGUGUUUGAGUCCUCACCAGGUCAAAAAAGCAAGGUACCCAACCCCCAAUGGCGCCCGCUAAUUCUAGGAGGGUUUCUAGUAGAGGAUGGGUUAAAUGCAGAGAAGGAAUCUCCCCAGCACGACUCAUUUAGUUAUUGAUUUUUACCCAUUCACACUUGGGGGGUUAAGAAUCAAACACCCCUGAACUUCCAUUUGGAAGACGACCUGCUCGACCACUGAGCCACGGCUGCACACAUAUGACGACUAACAUCAGAGCGUUCACCUGACUUAACGUUCAUAAAACCACGCGCUCAUGAGCAGAAACAGCACUGGCGAUCUUUCUCUGAGUCAUUUGUCAGGUAUGUAAAUAUGUGCCUUACAAUAUGGAGCCUCAUGGAGUCAAAGAACAUGGAAUGAAAAACUGGAGGAUCAUGAUUAUGUUUUUUUUUGUCUCAUUGUUGUUGUUUAAUGAUCUCCUUUGUUUAGGCUUCAUUCCCAUGCAUGUUCAAUAGGCAUGCAAUAAUGUCAUGAUUUUGUCAAAUGUCGAUUCUCCUUAAACCUAUAUGAAUAUUUCCGCUCCUUCUUAUAUCUUCGCCUCUUGCUCAGGUAUUUUUUCUGUCAGACUUUAUAUUUGGCUGCUCGUUAAGACGCGAUUCAUGUUUGAAACACACACUUCUAUGCAAAUCCCACUGAACUCAAUGAACUACCAACACUUUUGUUGAGAUAGAAACGGGCAAAGAGAGACGCAGUAGUGACCGUAAAGCCCUCAUCGGUUAGGAUGUAAAAGCAUGUGACUGUCAGCUGAUAUAUAGCAAUAUAUUUAUUUUAAUAUACGACCGUGCAUGCAUCCAACGAACCUGUCGACAAUGACAUUAAUAUUGAAACUGAUGCCUGGUUCCAAUCUGUUUUUUAAUCUGUUGUUAUGCAACAUAAAAGUCGUUUAUGUUUCCUGUU